UGCUACACUAGCGAAAUCCAAAAUCUUUUCGCAUCUAAACAAGGCCUAUGUCCUCACUUCCAAUUUCCAAACAGAGCAAACGAAUUUAACUUCAUACUGCAUCAGCAAAGCCCAGUCAUACUGUGGAAUCUCUCCUGUCAAGGAACGCCAGUAACCCGAUCCUUGUUCAAACCAUCACCAACCAUGAGAAAGAAACGGUUGACGUGGUAGGAAGGCACCACACGACUUCACGAGACUGUCAAGUGCCGACAGUCAAAUAAACCUUGGCCACUGUACAUCUUGUUUAGUCAAACGCAGCAACCUGUAGAGGCACCUGUGAGCACUGCACUCAUCUGUUUUCAGGCCAAAAAAGAGCUCAGUAUAAGUUAUUACAGUGCUAGUUUCUUGAACUCGCGGUGAACCUGAUCAAUCAAUCCAUGCUGCCUACGUUCUUCCUCUUCCUCGUCACGCUUGACCACCUCGUGGCCGCCAUGGACGAGACGGCGUUCACCUUCAACGGCUUCUCCAGCGCGAACCUCUCCCUGGACGGCAUGGCCACAGUCACGCCGGACGGCCUGCUCAUGCUCACCAACGGCACCACCGCGCUGAAGGGGCACGCCUUCCACCCCACUCCGCUGCGCUUCCACGGCGCGAACGAACAACACACCGUGGCAUCCUUCUCCACAGCCUUCGUGUUCGGCAUCAUCGGGCAGUACCCCGACGUGAGCAGCCAAGGCAUGGCGUUCGUCGUCUCCGCGAGCAGGAACUUCACCACGGCGCUGCCGGGCCAUUUCCUGGGCUUGGUCAAUGCCGCCGACAACGGCAACGCCAGCAACCACCUCUUCGCCAUCGAGCUCGACACCGUUCUCAACGCGGAGUUCCGAGACAUCGACGACAACCACGUCGGGGUUGACGUCAACAGCCUCACCUCCGUGCGAGCGGCCUCCGCCGGCUACUACGACGACCAGACCGGCUCGUUCAGAAACCUGAGCCUGAUCAGCCGCAAGGCCAUGCAGGUGUGGGUGGAGUACGAUGGCCGGGCCAUGGAGCUCAACGUGACCAUGGCUCCCGUCGAGAUGCCCAAGCCAAAGAAGCCUCUCCUGUCCACCGUCGUCAAUCUCUCAGAGGUGGCCACGGACCAAGCGUACGUUGGCUUCUCCUCGGCAACGGGGAUAAUCUUCUCGCACCAUUACGUGCUGGGCUGGAGCUUCAGGAUGAACGGCGAGGCCCCGGCUCUGAACGUGUCGAUGCUGCCAGCUCUGCCGCGCACGGCCGGCAACACGCGGCGAAAGGUCCUCGAGGUCGUUCUGCCAAUCGCGUCUGUGGUGUUCGUUGUCGCACUGGCCACGGCGAUCGUCGUCGUCGCCAAACGGCGAGCGAAGUUCGCCGAGCUGCGCGAGGAUUGGGAAGCUGGCUUCGGGUCGCAUCGCUUUGCGUACAAGGAUCUCUUCUACGCGACGGGCGGUUUCAAGGACAAGAACUUGCUUGGGAGAGGAGGAUUUGGGAGGGUGUACAUGGGCGUGCUCCCGAAAUCCAAGGUGCAGGUCGCGGUCAAGCGGGUUUCGCAUGAAUCCAGACAGGGGAUAAAGGAGUUCGUCGCGGAGAUCGUGAGCCUCGGACGCCUCCGUCAUCGGAGCGUCGUGCAACUGCUAGGCUAUUGCCGGCGGAGAGGUGAGCUCCUCUUGGUCUACGACUACAUGCCGAACGGCAGCCUCGACAGGUAUUUGCACGACCAAGAUAAACCCGCCUUGGAUUGGGGCCAGAGGUUCAAGAUAAUCAAAGAUGUAGCGUCAGGCCUGCUGUAUCUUCACGAAGAUUGGGAGAAGGUCGUCAUACACCGGGACAUCAAAGCCAGCAACGUGCUCCUCGACGCGGAGAUGAACGGCCGGCUGGGUGACUUCGGGCUUUCAAGGAUGUACGACCAUGGCACGGAUCCGAACACCACCCACGUGGUUGGCACCAUGGGGUACCUAGCCCCGGAGCUCGGGCACAGAGCCAAGGCGGCACCGCCCACUGAUGUGUUCGCGUUCGGCGUGUUCCUUCUCGAGGUCACAUGCGGGAAGCCGCCCGUCGAGGAGGACGCUCAAGGGAGCCAGGCCGUGCUUGUGGACUGGGUGCUCCACCAUUGGCGCAACGGCUCCAUCAUGGAAGCAGCUGAUCCGAGGCUCGGAGAUGACUAUGCCGCCAGGGAGGUCCAGCUGGUGCUCAAGCUUGGCCUACACUGCUCACAUCCACUGGCCAGCGCGAGGCCUAGCAUGCGGCGAGUUGUCCAGUGCCUUGACGGCGACAUGGUCUUCUCGGAGAAUGAGGUGAUGCCCAUGAAUUUCAGUUUCAGUAUGGCGACUCUGAUGAAGGACCAACAGCUUGAGCUGGAUGCCAUGGCGUGUGAGUUGUCUUCAGCGUCAAGCGCUGGCACUAUGUCUAGCACUCUGUCGGGAGGAAGAUGACAGCAUAUGUAAGGUUUUGUACUUCUGUGGCUAAGUAAAAUGCCCACAUGUUUCGUUGUUUGGUUCCUCAGACCGCAAGCAAGUGUAUGUUCUCAUUGUCUCGUAAAGAUUACCUGUUCGGUUGAUCAUUUCUACGGCUGAUGCUAAUUUGCUGAGAAAAAAAAACACUUUUCCGUGGCUAAAAAGCAGUGGCUGGAGUAUGCAGUGAAGGAAACCGUACAGAUUAAGUUCUUAUCUGAGAGCUUGAAUUCCUAUAACUAAUCUGGUAAACGAAAAUAUAUGAGUGACAAAUCUGAAAUUGUCCCCUAACAUGCGUGAUAAACUAAGCAUAUUAUACGAAAUAUUUACGUCAAAAUCCUGUGGAAUUUGAGUGAGUAGCUGACAAAUGUUUCGCUCGCUGCUUACUUUUUUAAAAAAGGCUCCUUACAUUACACGUCUGAGAAUGAGUCAAGAAAGAUGCCCGGCCGGCAAAGUAACGAGACAAGAGUAGCUAGUCAUAAAUACUGUAUCUUUGAGGUGACAUGAAACGUUAAGUUUGGCAGUCAAAGAACAUCCUUUCCAG